AUGUCAAAUCCGAGGUCUGCGGAGUUUACAAAAGUUAACUCACGUUUAGACUUCAACACCAUCUGCGGUGUGAUCCAUCGUGCUAUACCCGAGACUGUGAAGGAUGGUAGGUUUAUCAUAGAAUCAGAUCUAUCUAGUUCUAGUGAUACAAUUGCUCCAAUUUCUUCUGCUCCACCCAGCGGCUUCAUACCCAAAAUGGAUUUACCAAGAAUAAAACCACCCAGAUUGAGCUUACCGUCUCUGAAUGUACCGAAACUGAAACAUCUCCAUGGGCACCUGAAAACUCCAAGAGUCGGAACGCCGAUGCUAUUGAUUCCGUGGAAACACGACGAGGAAUCCAGUGCAGAAAAAAUGGAAAGAUUCAAGAAGGGAGUACAGAAGAUGCUAAAUUUCGUGAAAGUUAUCGGUAAAAUUGAUAAAUAUAUAUCGGAAAGGACUAGAAUAGUGAUUGACAAAUUAUCAAAGACAUUUGCCGAGUGA